AUGUCAGCAAUAUUAAAACCCAUAAAAGAUAUGGUCAAUCAAUUAGAAAGUCAUUAUGCAACUAUUGCUGACUGCUAUGUAGCAUUAAUUAAAAUCGCAGCAGCUAUAAAUUGUCUUUCAAAUACUAAUUUUUUUAAGCCUAAGGCUAUAACAAUUUAUAAUUUACG